ACUUGUCUAUAUCUUCGAAUACUUCCAACAAAAGCAAUGUCAUCAUCUCGUAACCCUCCGCCAUGGCGCAACCACCAACCUUCGUCGACAAUACCUGCAAAGCGCUCUGCGAACUCGCGCGCUCACAACGAAAACCCUCCCAAACGCUCCAUCGACGCACGGGAAGAGGCAUGGAUCGCUGAUGAGGACCGCUUUGUGCUGCAGCAGGCGAAGAAGAAGGCUGCAUUGCGCGUCAAAAGCGGCCGUGCGAAACCCAUCGACUGGCUAGCCGUUACCCUUCGCUUCGUGGACCCAACCAAGACCAUGUUCGACGAGGAAAUUGAGGAUCACGAACUUGAUAUCGUUGAUCCCGAAGGCGUGUUGGAGGGUCUAGGUGACGAAGACUUUGAGGAUUUGGAGAAGGAGAUUGAGAACUACCUCACUCUAGAGACCAAUCGAAACAACCGCGACUACUGGAAUACCGCCGCCGCAAGUCUCGCGCUUCAGGGGAAGCUCGUGGUACCAGCUCCGUUUCCGCCGACAUCGACCGCCUGCUCGCACCCAAAACAUACGAACAGCUGGAAACACUCGAAAAACAAGUCAAGACAAAACUGAAAUCC